AAUCCGGCAGCGACGUCGGACGCUGCAUGAGUCACGUGUUUCGCGCCAUUUCGCGGUUUUAUUUGGAGGUUGUCCUUCCCACUCUAACUUGUGGGUACGCGAUCAGCUGUCUCGCGCAAUUAUGUAGACUGUCAAGAAAGUGCCAUGAAUUAUUAUUAAUACUUAAUUGAGAACUGUUAUUCAUAUUCAAUGAACGUCUUCUUUAUAAGAUAUUAUGGGCAGUGAGGACUUCAGAACCAGAUAAGGAUGCCGGUUCUACGGAACGCUGACCACCCGGCUGCCAGUGCUACAGAUUCUGUGUACGCCCGAUACCUAGUGGCUGUGCUGGGCGCCUGGGCGGCAGAAGCCGCUACUUACCCCUUUGAUUUGACAAAGACAAGGCUUCAGAUACAAUCCGAGGUUGCUGCUGCUAAGCAUGGAUUCAAGCUGGAAAAUCAUGGAAUGAUAAAAACAGCGGUUGGAAUAGCGAAGCAUGAAGGUGUUUUAAAGCUAUGGAGUGGACUUAUGCCGAUGUUCCAGCGUCACGCCAUCUACUCUGGAAGUAGGCUCAUCAUCUACGAACAGUUCAGAGGCUAUUGUAAGGAUGAGAAUGGAAAAGUGUCUCUUGGUGCUGCUUCUGUGGGUGGGUUGGCGGCGGGGUCCCUUGCCCAGCUGAUCGCAUCGCCAACAGACUUGGUAAAGAUCCAGAUGCAAGCUGAAGGCAGAAGGAUACUGCAGGGAAAACCUCCACGAUUCAGUAACUGCAGACAGGUGUACGUGAUGCUUUAUGCAGAGAGCGGAAUAACAGGGUUUUGGAGAGGCGCGAUUCCAAACGUGCAACGAGCAGCCCUCGUGAACAUGGGUGACCUGGCGGCCUACGACCUUACAAAGCAGUUUCUGAUCCGAGAGUGCGGCAUGGCGGACACCGCACUGGUGCACAGCGCCGCAGCGUUCACGGCCGGAUUUGUCGCUGCUGUCGUGGGCACACCGGCCGACGUGCUAAAGACCAGACUUAUGAACCAACCGGUGGGGCCUGAUGGGAGGGGCACGUUGUACCGCGGGAUGAUCGAUUGCCUGCAACAAUCUGUCAGGAACGAGGGUUUAUUAUCGCUUUACAAGGGGUUCUUGCCUUUGUGGAUGAGAUUGGGCCCUUGGGCGCUUAUCAACUGGAUUGCUUUUGAAAAUAUUAUGCUUGCUAUUGGAGGACAUACAUUUUAGCCGAUGUUGUAUUAACGAUUGUUUUGGGAGAUAGUUACAUUAUCUAAUAUUAUUUAUUAUGAGUGUAUUUAUAUAAUACCAACCAUCUAGGUUUGCCAUCGUACCUACUCUAAAAUUGACUAUUGUACUCUAUUUCAUGUUGGUGAUUUGCAUAUGCAUAGGCAUUAAUAUGACAUAUAAUACUGUCUUUUUACAAAUAUUAUUUUUAGCCAUAAAACUUGGCGGUAUCUACACGCAGUAAAAUAUUGUGAUUUAAUUUCUUGUAGCAAAAGGUUUUUCAAUUUUUUAUUUCAAUCAAUCUAUCCUCUUUAUUUAGUUUCUCUGAUAGUAGACAUACUCUACAUCUUCCAGAGAAAGUUGGCAACCCUACAACCACCUAGUAACUUUUGUUAUUUAGUAAGUAGUAGUAGCUCUACAGCCUACCUAAUUAUAAAUUGUGACAACAAAAUAUUGUGAUUUUAUGUGGAAAGAUAUGCAAUAUUGCCUGCCUACUAUUUUAAUUAGCAAUGUUUGUAGGUAGGUAUUUAUUGUACUUAUUUAGAAGUGCGUUUUAACGUGCUAAUUAAGUUGUGAAUGGAUGUGCACCCAAUGUAUCCAACAAAUUAUAUAUGUAUAGGUAAUCAGAGAAAAGACAAUUUAAAUGCAUCAUAAUUAGUAAUUACCUAGUAACUAAAUUAUGUAGGUAUGUUAUUUGCAGUUCAAUCAUUCUUGUUGCUAAUGUAAACAUUGCUCAAACUAGAUUCUUAUUUUGUGAAUUUAGAGGUAUUUGCAAUUUUGUAUCUUGCAAUAGAGAAGAUCACUGUGAUAGUUAGGUAUGUAACUGUAAAUUUUAUGCCCCAAAAUUUUAAGCUUUAUUUAGAGAGCAGGUAGGUACCUAUUAUUCACAACCUGGUUUUUAGAAUAGAGUAGGUACCUACAAAUAAUACCUACCUAUGUCUUGGUAGUGGUUUACAAGCAAAAGGAUAGGAUUUUUUAAUAUUUUGCUGUACAUUCGAUAACUACGAAACAUUAUUAUGUCAAGAAUAAAAUUUAGGAUAAUUCGUAUGAUGUAGGAAGUAAUUACUUAUGUACUUAUUGCAGAUUCGAAAGGGUAUGAAUGUUUUAAAAGUUUUUUAGUAAAUUUAUUCAGAUUAUAUACACCACUCCAUACUAUAUUGUGUAGUAUAUUAUGUACUUUCAAUGAGUCUAUUAGAGAAGACGUCCUACUUCGAUUGUUUGUAAAUUGUUUACACAAGUUGUGGCAAGCUGAACUCUGUUAUGCUAAUAACCUAAACGCAUGAUCGGAUUUGGUACGGCCAAACUAUCAGAUGCGGUCUCGUACCAUAUUCGAUGGUAGGUCGCAUUGUCCACCGCACAAAAUUAUUAUUAUUACCAUCCAGAUCGUACCGAGUACGACACCGAACCGUCCGAUGGUUCAAUGUCAAAUAUACUUUAUUCAAUUAGGCUUAAACUAAGCGCUUUUGAAUCGCCACUACAAAUAUUUCUUUUAAAUUACUGAAUUUACCAUAUGAUGUUCGUAAAAAGUUGAUCUCGUAAGAAGAACAUACAACAAACUCAACAGCCACUCUUUUCAAUCAAAAAGAGUAUUUUACAAUGGCUGUAUUAUGAAUAACAAAUUAGUUUGUAAGGUGCUGCAUCUAACAUACGAGUCGUGUUUAAAUAAUAUAAAUUAUUUCAUAAAAAGUAUAAGAAUUCGCUGUAAAAAUAUAAACUAUCGUUUUGUGGAUGCAUCAACCUUUAGAGCUUGAAUUCAUUGUUUGUGUGACUUGUGAGGAUGAUUUGUGAACAUGAUGGUCGUGAUUACUGUCACAAUUAGUAAUUGCAUCCAACAAAUACAAUGAUUUAUUAACUAUAACAGGACGACCUGGCAUUAUAUUCGACCAUGUGUUUAGGGUAUUAGCGUUUGUAGCGCUGAGUUGACCUAGCCAUAAUUUACAGAACUUUAAGAAAAGCGUAAGCGCCAUGCAAUCCACGGCACUUUCAACCUUUAGGGCACGAGAAUACUGUACGUUUGAGUGUUUAGUUUAAAUUUUUGACAAAACGGAUAAUGGCUUUGCAAACAGCUUCUCUCUAUGCGUUUCGGCCACCUGAAAUCUUGAAAAUCAGAUUAUUUGUAUAUAGCCUCCCUAGAUAAACUAGGGAUUCUUCUGGAUAUAUUUUCUAUUCUGUUAGAAUAAUUGAACGCUUAAUCUAAUAAUCAGAACCUAAGUUUAGCUAAACCAAAAAAUUUACAACCGUUAUGCUGUAAAAACUACACGUUAUUGUUUAUAAAUAAGUUUUUAUAGAUUAAGAAUAAGAUUAUAUGAUUGUUAAUUUAUUGCAAAUAAUAUGAUGUGAUACUUUGUUUAAAAUACAUGUAUAAUAUAUAACAGUUGAA